AUGGCGGGUGUCUACAACAGCGCCAUAUUGACAGUCAUGGCCGGCUCUGGAUCUGACAGCCACACCGGCCUUCUCAAUCCUCGCUCCUGGGUACCAAAUUCCGUGUCCAUCCCUUAUACUGACGAACACGGAACCAAAAGCUUCAGCAUUUACAUCAGCAAUCUCAGUAGCUACCUCGAUGAAAUCCAGAAGGGACCACUGUACAGCCGUGCUUGGGUUCUUCAAGAACGGCUGCUCUCUAAGCGCGAGCUGAUUUUCGGAAAGCAGCAACUAUACUGGAACUGUAGCGGCCGCGUGCAGCACGAGACAGGUAUUUUGAACAAACUCACAUUUCUACCUUACUACGGCACAGGGUCGGAGUACCAAAUGUUCGCGAAUCCGCAAAUCCAAACGCCCGAGCCCGCAAACCACCUCUGGGUGUGGCAAAAACUUGUCAGCGACUACUCAAUCUGCUCCCUGACUUACGAGAGCGAUAAACUUCCUUCACUGAGCGGACUCGCACAAAUUUACGCCCAGAGAACAGGCAAGACAUACGCAGCAGGAAUGUGGCUCGAAGAAAUGCCCUCUUCCCUCUUAUGGUGGAACCUCACUCCAGCGCCGCAGCUCGCUCAGAGUACCCAAGCAGAGCAGAACUGCAUCCCAUCAUGGUCAUGGGCCUCCACGCAAGCAAAACGCGACACGGUGCGGUUCUUAAACGACCAUAACUUCGAGCUGGAAGUCCUUCGCGCCAAGGUCAAUCUAGCAAGCACUGAUCCUUACGGUAGAGUCUCUCCAGGUUGUCAACUUUUCGUCAAGGGGAGACUUCGCGCUGCUCGCCUUGUGAAAGGGUCUGCUAUUGACUACCGCCGCUUCUGUACGUUCGAUGUUCAGGAUGACCAACUAUACCAGACUCGUUUUGAUUUGGAAAGUGUAGAUGGGUGCUACUUAGGUUCAGCGCUUCUAGAUUAUGAUAGAGAUGAAUCUCCUUUGGCUGUUUACUGUCUGGAGGUUGCCCCAUCGGUUAACGGGAUUUAUUAUUUGGUACUGGAGCAGGUUGGAGACAUUGAUGAGUUUCGGAGGCUGGGAAUUGGAAAUUACUAUGAUUCCGGCAAUAAAGUGAAAGAAGAAGUGUUCUCUGGUGUCGAGAAGACGAGGAUCGUUCUUAUUUGA